AUGAUGGUUUUGCGGCCUUUCGGAUUCGUUUUCAUUGGCCUCUUUAUAUUCGUCGCCACGAUGAAAUUAGUCUAUGGCAGCUGCGUACAGUUAGGCUUAUGUUGUAGCAAACGAAACGUGAGCUGCUUUUCGCAUCGCGGUAAUUACAGGACGACGUACAUUCGGGUUACCGAAGUACCUCCUCAUUUAGCGGCCCUGGAAGCGAGUCAAAGCAUUUACCCGAUUUUCAUACCGAGGGUAGUCCUGGAAAUGGAAAUGGACGCGGAGCGACUGAAGAAACGCCAGCUGCACCACAGACUGCAACAUCGACAGUCGAUGAGGUGGAAUUUCAGUUCUGAAGAAUUAGGCAGUGGCGACCGCAUGGAAGACUGGGAGGUGGAGGAGGAACUGCAUCAUUGGAAGAUGCACGCCGACGACGUGACAACGGCGCCGACCGUCUCGGAAGCCGCAGCCGCCACUCCAUUGCCCGGCGCCGAACGCCUAGCAAACAUUAUGGUAAAUGACGAGAUCCCGAAGUUCGUGAUACGCCAAGACCCGGACUUUUGGUCUGUACCCGCACAGCCGCCCAACCGGUCAGAAAUCUGCUACUGUGACGAGGCUUGUUCGGUUCUAGGCGACUGCUGCUGGGAUUACCAUUCAGCAUGCUCAGGUAUUUUUCAAUUAUACGUUUUAUUGUUUACAUAA